AUGGCAGGUGAUUAUGACAUCGCCCUCAUCUCCGAGCCAUACGUUGGCUCUGGAGAUCAGGUUAAAUCAGUGAUUGGAAUUGACACAUACCAGUUCUUCACGGGCAGCAGGAUUAAGGCUUGCAUCCUGGCAAAACCAGGAUGCGGGUCCAUCUUGGGAUUAUCUCAGUUUUCAACAUCCAACUUCUGCGUUAUCAAACUUACUACUGGAAAUCGCAAUAUUUAUAUUGCAUCUAUAUAUGUGGAACCAGGCAGGGACGAGCUAGCAACGCUCGAUAAAUUAGAUGUCUUUCUUAAAGACACAGGUGAUGUUCACAAGAUAGUGGGGGGUGAUCUCAAUGGGUGGCACCCAACUUGGGGAAGCGGGAAAACUAACUUACGGGGUAACGAAAUCAUAGAUAUUAUACAAAGCAAUGAUAUGUAUGUAUGUAACGUUGGCAACGUACCCACGUUUGAAACGGUCACCCACGGGCGAGAUCGCUCUUCAAUAAUCGAUCUCACAUUUGUCUCUGGCUCCAUCAUUGAUUACAUCUUGGAAUGGCGUGUUAAUUUGAAUAUCUGCCCAACUUCCCAGCAUAAUGCUAUAGACUACUGCAUUGAUUUCAACACAACCGACACAACACACACUCACCAGAACUCCACUUUUUUAUACAAAUCAAACAAAGCCUGUUGGCCUAUUUUUAAGGACAAACUGCACACUCACAUGACACUCACAAACAUACUUGAACAGGACAUUUCUAUCUUGAAUGUUGAUGAUCUGGAUCAGGUCAUCUCCGAGCUCACUAAUGUGAUCCACUCUGCAUGCCGGGCAAGCAUGCAUGUUAAAGGCCGGGGAACAAAGCCGAAGGCUCCUUGGUGGACGGAGGAAUUGGAGACCAUCAAGCGGGAAGUGGUGGAUUUGCACCACCAGCUUCAUGCUGCUAAACGCCAAGGUUUGCCUUUGGACCAGAUUUUGGAGGCACGCAAAUCUAUAAAGGAACUUUACGCUAGCAAAAUGCGUGAUGAGUCGACCAGGCAUUUUCGUGAGUUCUGCGAGUUGCAAACUAAGGAAAAUGUCUGGUCACUCACAAAUAGGCUACUCAAAACUGCCACCCCUAGGCGCCCACCAGUUACCCUCAACAGAGACGGUACUUACACCACCAAUAGCCAGGAGACUGCUAAGGCACUUUUGGACCAUUUUUACCCGGGUGACUCACCCGACACCUUACCACGACAUCACGAAUUAAGAUCUGACAUGACCAACUCUCCUCAGUCCCAUUACGACCCUCCCUUCACUCAGGAGGAGGUGUUGGAGUGUUUAAGACAAAUGAAUCCCAAAAAGGCUCCCGGACUCGACAACUUAACAUCAGACAUAUGUUUACAGUUUGCGACAGACUAUCCUAGACUCUUGACUGACAUUCUUAACCGCUGUCUUGCACUCCAACACUUCCCUAACCAGUGGAAAACCGCUUUUGUCAAAAUUAUCCCGAAGCCGGGUAAGUCUGACUACAGCGCAUUAGAGUCAUUUCGUCCUAUUGGCCUGAUACCUGUGUUCGGCAAGCUGCUGGAAAAACUGUUCAUUAGAAGAGUCACAUACCAUGCACAACGAAAUAAUCUGUUAAACAAAUUUCAGUUCGGUUUCCGGGAACAGACCAACACGUGCGAAGCUAUAAACACUGCGCUCGAUAUAAUAAGACAAGCGAAAAGUAAUAAGCAACUAAGUAUCGCUAUAUCUCUAGAUAUAAAAGCAGCCUUUGAUAACGCUUGGUGGCCGGCACUUUUCCACCGAUUGCGGCAUAUCCAAUGUCCUAAUAACAUCUUUGGACUCAUUCAGGAUUAUGUCCGCGAUCGGGAGGUCAUUCUCGACUUUGCAGGGGGGCGGGUCACCAAGACGAUGUCUAAGGGCUGCAUCCAAGGCUCCACGUGCGGCCCUGUUCUCUGGAACAUAAUAUUAGACGAAUUACUCGACACCAAGCUUCCAGCGGGUUGCCACAUACAGGCCUUUGCGGACGACGUCCUGCUGGUUGUUACGGCCGCGAGUGCGGGCAAACUGGAAAGCGCUGCCAACUUGGCUCUCCAUCACAUAAUCGAGUGGGGAAGAAGCGUCAAGUUGGCAUUCGGCCCUACCAAGACUAAGCUCAUUGCCUUCACUCCUAAGGCUAAGACAGCCAGCAUUAACAUCGACGGACACCGACUUUGUUUUGUUCCAGAGGUGAAACUUUUAGGAGUAAUCCUCGAUGAGAAAUUGAAUUUCGGUAAACAUGUGAAACACGUAGUUAACAGGGCCGUGCGGAUCUUCAACACGCUCUGCAUGUACUCGAGACCCACUUGGGGAGCCCAUCCUAAAAACAUCAGCACCAUCUACCAGCAGGUCAUCGUGCCAACGAUCACCUAUGCUGCGGGAAUUUGGGGUCACGUCGCCCAGAAAAGGUGCAUCAGGAGGGCACUCGAGAGCAUGCAGCGCGGGUUUGCCCUCAAGGCUAUUAGGGGAUUCCGUACGGUCUCCACAGCCGCUGCACUAGCGUUAGCCCAAUUCAUUACGGAAGAGGAUUACAUUUGUGAAGCGUGCUUUGAUGUAUCCAUGCAGUCUAUUAAUGCUCAAAUUCAUGGAAACAAUGAGUGUAAUCCAUCUGCUUGUUCAUCUCGCCUUGGUCAUACUCAAGUAUGCCCCGUUUAUGGUCGAUCAUUGCUCAAUCGUCAAAGUGACCACAUUCACAAAGAAAACCCAUCAAACCUCACACUAAGAAUGAUCAACUUAAUUCGAACUACUGUAGCACCUCGUCAGAUAUCACAAUAUGAUCGUUUAUGUCAUGCCUGUUGGUUGAGGUUUAAAAGACAAGCUCUUUUAACUCAACAACAGGAUGAAAGAAGAGGCUUAGAAGGUGAUGAGACUCCUCGCAGUCAAACAAUUGAACAAGAAGUGGAACAGCCUGUUGUUGCAGUUCAUGUUCCAGAAUUACAACCUCCCCCGUUUCUUGCAAAUACAGAUGAAAGGGAUUCGUCUGUAGAAUCAGUUGCAGCUCCAGAGGUUCAUUCGCAACAAUCUGGAACUCAACAAUCAAUUCCCGAGAAGCCUCCGAAACUGCGAAAACAGAAUAGGCGUUUAGAAGAUAAAGAGAUAUGUGAAAAUCUCAUAAACGAGAGUAACGACAACUGUAGUGAAUUUGACGACGAUGUAGGCGAUCCUGAUUUUAAUUUACAGAGCACCAACACGCAAUCCGAACAAUCCGAUGAGGAUGAUGUUGAGGUCGCGUAUCCCCAUGUUGAGGAAGUUUACCACGGAGAAAUCAACCAUAAUCACGAUGAGGAACAAGAAAGAAAAGUGCGAGCUCAUGGAAGUCAGGACAUUACAGAACAGAUCGAAGAAGAGACAAUGGUCAUAGAGGAACAGCAUAGAUCAGCAGAGGCUAGAAUUGAAGAGAUCCACCUCCACCACCAAAAACUUAUCAGAAUCCAGAUUCAGGUGUUAGAAAGACAUGUGCAAUCUGUCCCAGUCGGUUGA